UUAUGUAGGUGGAGGUAACCGAUGCAGAAACACGUGUGGAAAAUGUACGGACCGAGCGAGUUAAAAGUUUUUCAGCGUCGCGAAAAAUUGUUUAUGUUUCGCCUUAAAAGGAGCUGGGUAAAAAUUUUGAAUAUGUGUAGAUGUGCGGUAGACGGCUGGCAAACAACGGAAUCGCACCCAUGUGGCCAUGUCGGUGCGCCAUUGUGGAUGCGGAUGCGAUGUGGUUAAGUCGGCGAAGGAGAGCACUUUUCCGGGCGUGUGUUCGGGGAAUUGUCAGCACCUGUAACCAGCCGGAAAGGAAAUUUCGCUCAUUAAAUUCGAAGGUGAAAAGCAGCCUCGUCCUGUCGCCCGUCGCCUGUCGCCAAGUUAUUGCACACAUGGCCACAUAAUAUACCCCCAGGCAGAUAAUAAUGGCUAGCGGCUCCCGAAGAAGUACAAAAGAAUUCGACUUUAAUUUACUGUGCGAAACCUUUGCCGAGAUUUGCCCCGACUUUCGAGAUGGCCCGGGAACGUAUAUGACGGAGAGCCUGGACUUUGCCAAUCGGGUGAUUUUUGAGUUGGGUCCCAGGAUGCGGCAGCUGAAGCAGAGCGGCAGGGAUCAGAUGUGGCGCCUGGUCUUCAACGGCGGCGGAUGUGUCUAUAUCUACACGUACACUUUCCAGAAACCGAUCAGCGGACAGCCUCGAUUGGGUGGGGGCAAGCUGUAUUUGACUCUUAAGCAGGCGGGUUUGCUGGCGGUUAGGAAGAUUUGUGCCCUGUUGCCAGUUUACCAUGAUCCGCGCCACAAGAUUCUGCUGACUCCGCUCGCCAGAGUCGUGUUUGAUCCCCCGAAUAUUCAGAAGAUUGCCUCUGCGCUGUCUAAUCUGCUUGGGACCAGAGUGGACUGUUCCGAGGUGGUGCGGGCUGUGAUCAGCAGCUGCCAGAGCGAUGGCUUCCACUUGGAGCACAGCCAGAGCCACAUCGCCCUGGUGGCAGUGGGUGCGACUACCCGAGACUUUGGCGAACGCAAAAAGCAGCGAAGAAAGACCGUUAAACAGUGCACCAAUCAAGGGAAGAUCUUCGAUCUCAAUCAGUACAAGAUUUACGCCAGAUUCUCCAAGAUGUCUGAUCAAAUCGCAGCGGAGCCACCACUUCCCGAUCCAGAUCCACCCAAAGAGAAACCACCCGCACGUAUACGCAAUGUGAGUGAGGUGUUGCGUUCCAUUGCCAAGUCCAUCGAUGAUCCACUGAGUGGCGAAACCAUCAACAUGAAAUUCAAAGCUCCAUCGAAUCCGGAAAAGAAAGAAGAGGUGCAGGAUAUGCCAAUCUCUAUGGAUGUCCGUUUGCAGGGCACCAGCAUGGAUCGCAUGAGAUCUAAAUUAAUGGCACCAGGUCAAGGCCAAUCAUCUGGUUGGUCAGCUGGGGGCUUGUAAAAAAAAGAACAUAGAUUUUGGAAACAAGCUAGCAACAAACACUUUGUUUUUAUAUGCCAUACCAUAUCAUAUGUUCAAGUUUGUUCAGUGCAAAAAGUAAUAAGUGAAGUCAAGAAUAUGGUAUAUCAACUAACAAGCAAAUAAAUAGGAAGAAAUGUCGCCAUGUUCAUAAAAUAUUAAGGUUUUCAUAUAAAGUUUUUGAAGAACUUUUUACAUACAAUUCCGUAGGACUGCAAAAAAAAGAUCAUUAAACAAAUUAUUUGGGAAAUUGCACGGUUAACCUUCUAGUAAUUUUUAAAACUUGAAUUCGAUAAUAUGGUUUGGUCAAAUAUUGCUUUUACAAGAGUUUCAAAACUCAAAAGUACCAUUUUGUAUUUUAAAUACACAUGUAGUUUUAACCUUUUUUAUUUUCCCAGC